AUGUGGACUGCAUUCUUUGGUGAACAAGAAGAUGACACAAAUGUGCAUGCAGAGAAAAAGAUACUUACGCUGUCUCCGCAGCAAGUGACACCACCCAUGACACCAUCACCUCUUGAUCUUACGACGCCAUGCGUACCGUCUCAAGUUGAAGUUGAAGUUUCCUUGAAUUCCGUGUUACCUACCCCUACUAAAAGCCCCGAUGACUCUGCCAUGACACUGUUACUUAAACGAAUGAAUACUUUGAUGCUUAAGGUUGGACAACAUGAAUUUGAAAAAAAGACACUUGUGGAACAAAUGGAGAAAGAAAGAAUUGGAUGGAGAAAAGAAAUGACACAAUUAAAGCAAGAGAUGGAAGUCGUAAAGGAUUUAAAUCUACAGCUUCAAUAUAAAGUCGAGUAUACGUCCGAACCUAUGCUGCUGGAAAAGGUGCAAGAUAUUACAGAUAUGCGUGAUGCAUUGGCUGAUGUAAAGAAGCAAUUGGAAAUGGAGCUGCAGGAAAAGGAAAAGGAGCUACAACUUGCGCUAGAGACGAACAAAAAGCUUAGUGGUUUUCAAGAAAAGUAUGAACAACAGAUUGAUGAGUUGACGACGACAUGUGAGGCUGCAAAAGAAGAGAUGGCGAAAGCUGUUCGUGUAGCGAGCGAUGCUGCUAGUGAAAAAUACCUGCAACAGAUGAAGGAAAAGGAGGUGGCGUUGCAAUCAGUCUUACAGCAGAAGGAGACGCUAGAGGCGUCUUUGAUGGAAAAAGAGCAAGCUCUGGAUGCAGCCCAAGCUGCAACGGUGGAGGUGAGAAAGAAACUUGAUGAGGUUUAUGCUCACGGUGAAGCGGACGCGAAAGCACUCGAACAGCUGCGUCAAAAGCUCGAGGGCGUUGUUUGUGAGCACGAGCAGAAGCUACAGCAAGUGCAAGACGAAGACCAACAGAAGAUAAAGGCUUUGGAAAAGUACGCACAUGAACAGAAGGCAUAUGCUGCCAGUAAGGCGCAGGAGCUGGAGGAUUACAAACACGACUGCGUCGAGCUGUGGAAAAUCAAUGAGGACUUGAAGCAGCAGAUCGCACAAACAUCAGCUGUAACUGUGACCAAGGCGACAGAUCUUUGCGAAUUUGCGGUGUCAGGUCAAAUCCUACUUCAGGACAAGGUUAUUGAAUUGGAAACUCAGCUUACCGAGUUGCAAGAACAACUAUGCCGAAAGACUCGGGAAAUUGCAAAGCUGCAGACCGAAAAUGCAGGCCGUGCUGUCUUUGAUGGAGAAGGCGAAGCCUCGGAAGAGGACGACGAGAAAUUUGUGGUGGUCGGAGGUGAUGGUGGUGCUAUUGGUGUGCUUACUGAGCAGGUUGCCACUGCUCAACGUGAGCUAACUGAAGCAAUGGAGCUUAAUUUGCAUUUGAACAACCGCAAUGCUUGGCUAGAAGAGCAGUAUCAAAUGUUGUCUUCCGUGCAGUCAGAGGGUGAUGAUGAUCAGGAAGAUACAGGUGCUUCUAAACCUUCGGUGGAGGAGCGCAUCGUAGCGCUGGAGCGGGACCUUCAAGACGCUGGGCGUGCUGCGAAUGAAAAGGCGGAGAACUUGUCAAACUUGGAGCAGAAUUAUAGUGCGCUUUCGAAUGAGUUUGAUCGCCUUCUUUCUGUGCACAACACUUUGCUUGAAGCGAAGCAAGCCGACGAAGUCGCGUUGAACGGCCUUAGACAGGAUGUGGAAUUCCUUCGCGCUAUUGAGGCUAGUGUUUCUGAUAAAGACCAAGCGCUGUUUGCGAAGGAGCAAGAGCUGGUCGCACUUCGUACAGCCAACUCCGUUCUGGCUAAUGACGUUAAACGCUUGGAUGAUAUUACAAGUCAACUGCAGCAAACUCGUGAUGCGUUAAUGCAGGCACAAAACAGCCUUGCUCGAGCAGAAGCGUCCAACUCGAACCUUGAGCGCGAAUUAGUCGAAUUGAGAACUAAUUCUGCCGCCGCUUUGAAAAGUGAGGAGCAACUAGCUGUGAUUGAGACCGAACUUGCUGAAGUACGAUUUAAGAAGGAUUCUCUAGCUGCAGAGCUGACUCGGUCUCAGGCUUCCGUGCAUGAGCUGCAACAGAAAGUCCAGGAACUGGAAGAUCUUGUGAAAAAUCAGAUGAAUGAGAAGAAGUUACUAGAGCAGCAGCUUCAGAACUUACAGGAGAUGGCACAAGAGAAUAUGGAAGGUUUUUACGAACUUCAAGGCAAUCUGGAGUCUACCAUGGAUGAGUUAGAGAAGGUUCAAGCUCAAUUUUGCACUGAGCAGGAGAAGUGUGGAAGACUUGAACAAGAAGUUGAAAUGGCCAAGCAGUCGUCCGUCUCCCGCGAUGAGCUGGAUCGUGCCCAGAGUGAAAUUACGAACUUGGAACAACAAAUCCGUCACUUUCGUGGUCUGGAACAGUCCCUGACUCAGCAGCUGCAAGAUGCGGUGCGCUCCAAGGAUGAGGUUGCUGCGAAAUUGCAAGCUUUGUACUCCGAGCGCGUCGCAGCUGACGAAGAACAAAAGAAACUGAAAACAUUGUACGAGCAGGCAGAAGCGCAACUUGCCUCCGUUCAGUCUUCAGCAAGCGAGCUGCAACACUCGAAUGAUGAGCUUUUGCACUCAUUGGAGCAAACUCGCGCAAAGGCGAUGCAAGCAGAGCAACAACUUAACACUAUGCGUGCAGAGCACGGUGAUGCAGAGAGGCAGAUCGAGUCUCUAACGAAAACGAAUUUUUCACUGAUGUCAGAAGUUCAAAGAGUGCGCGAUGAAGCUGACAAUCAACAACAGAUGACGCGCGGUCAGCUCGAGCAGCUCAAGGCGGCGCAUGCUGACGUUCAGCGCCAGCUCGUAGAUGCCACCCACGCUCUCAACGGCAAAGACGCGGAGGUUGCUGCAGCAACCCAACGCAUUCAAGGUGAAGUAUCGCAACUCCAGGACCUUGUCAAUCGCUACAAGACAGACAAGCAGGUGUCGGAGCAGAAGUUGUCACAGCUAAAUGUCGAGUGUGAGCACAUUCGCCAGGCUUAUGACGCGGCGAAGACAAUGGUGGACCGUUCUCAGCAUGACCUGGAACAGAUGCGCGCAGAAUUAAGCAUGACCCAGCAAGAGAAAGUUUCGCUUGAAUCAGAAGUUGGCCAGUUGCGUAGUUUGAGCGAGAAGAAAGCUCAUCUGCACCAGGAAAUGGAUGAGUACAAACGAGUGAACCGAAGGCUAGAGGAAAUGAACCGCGAGCUGGAAGACUUACUGCAGAAAUCGAAGGCAUACUGCGAGGAGCUGUCUCGCGACAGCGAGGAUAAGCUUAGCCGUGCGCAAGAGUUUACCCGCCACGUGGAGCAGGAGGCACGCGAUGAAAUUGACCGUAUUGUGCACGAGAAUGGUUUGCUGCGAGACGAGCUGGAACAUUUGGCCCAGGCUCGUUUGGAAGAGACAAACGUACAUGACGAGCUUCGCGUAAAGCUUGCUGAGCUUCAGGCCGAAAACAAUGUGUUAUCGGCGCGGGCUCAUCGUCUGACGCAGCAACUGUCACAGUACACGGAUCUUCCGGAAGAUGACGCGUUGGCUGCGGGGGGACAAGGUCAAACGCCCGAUUUGUGGGAAUUGCUAUCGUCCGGCAUGGAGCAGCUUAAGGCUGAUUUGGAGCUUGCUAGCAAGUACGCGGCCAGCAUUGACGCCAGUAGCGUGGAUGGUGGGGUUGGAGACGAAUCCUUUACGAUUGCAAACUAG